AUGACCUCACAAAUCACCGACCAGCUAGCAGCAACUAAGCUGAAUGACGCACCAUCAGAGGCCAAUUGGAAGGAGGGGCUGACGGCCCCUGUGAAAGAUGCUCGACCACAGACUGAGGAUGUUACUGCGACGAAAGGCCUUGAGUUCGAGGACUUCUUCAUCAAGCGUGAGCUCAUGAUGGGUAUAUUCGAGGCAGGAUUUGAGAAGCCAUCACCUAUCCAGGAAGAGACCAUCCCUGUUGCUCUGACCGGACGAGACAUCCUUGCGCGCGCGAAGAACGGUACUGGAAAGACUGCGGCCUUCGUUAUUCCCACACUCGAACGCGUCAACCCCAAGAACCCGAAGACACAGGCGCUCAUUCUUGUGCCUACCCGAGAACUGGCUCUCCAGACUUCGCAGGUCUGCAAGACCCUGGGGAAGCAUUUGGGAGUCAACGUCAUGGUCAGUACCGGUGGAACAGGGCUCAAGGAUGAUAUCAUUCGACUGAGCGAGCCUGUCCACAUUAUUGUCGGAACGCCGGGCAGGAUCUUGGAUCUUGCGGGCAAGGGCGUUGCCGAUCUUACAGCUUGCCAGACAUUCGUCAUGGACGAAGCUGAUAAGCUCUUGUCUCCCGAGUUCACACCCGUCAUCGAGCAGCUACUUGGCUUCCACCCCAAAGACAGGCAGGUGAUGCUCUUCAGUGCCACCUUUCCCAUUGUGGUUAAGGAUUUCAAGGACAAGCACAUGAACUCACCCUACGAGAUCAACUUGAUGGACGAGCUGACCCUCCGCGGUAUCACUCAGUACUACGCCUUCGUUGAAGAAAAGCAGAAGGUUCACUGCUUGAACACCCUCUUCAACAAGCUGCAGAUCAACCAAUCGAUCAUCUUCUGUAACUCGACUAACCGUGUCGAGUUGCUGGCGAAGAAAAUUACUGAGCUAGGAUACUCUUGCUUCUACUCGCACGCUCGUAUGCUCCAGCACAACCGCAACCGCGUGUUCCACGACUUCAGAAAUGGUGUAUGUCGAAACCUUGUCUGCUCCGAUCUGUUGACCCGAGGAAUCGAUAUUCAGGCUGUCAACGUUGUCAUCAACUUCGAUUUCCCAAAGAAUGCCGAGACAUAUCUGCACCGCAUUGGUCGCUCUGGUCGUUUUGGACACCUGGGUUUGGCUAUCAACCUGAUCAACUGGGAAGAUAGGUUCAACCUAUACAGGAUAGAGCAAGAGCUCGGCACCGAGAUCCAGCCCAUUCCCCAGGUCAUUGAGAAAAACCUCUACGUUUACGAAUCCCCUGAUACGAUCCCUCGUCCCAUUUCCAACUCGCAGCCACGUCCUCAAGGCCAGGAGCAGAGGCAGCCUCAGGAAGGCGACGGCAGUAUGGCGCGCGCCCAGGGCCGACAAGGCUACCGCGGUGGCCGUGGCGGUGGUGGACAAUUCCAAGGACAGCGCCGUGGGCCCUCACAGGGACAGAACCAGCCUCCUCAGCAGAUGCAGCAGCGUCAAAACGGUCAAACCCAGCAGCGCAACCCGAGGCAACCACCUGCUGGGCCAGUAUAG